AUGAUACUACCGACUCGUGCGCAUACGCGCAUCAUUCUUGCUGGAGCAAUUAUCAUUUUCUUGUCCCUGUUCUACUUUCGCAACUCGCUACACAUCAGCGAAAAUAUCGAGUCAUUUACAACACUAUAUGAUGCCAAACAGAAUGGGGAACCUGAGGUAUCCGAUCCUCCUCCCUCGGACUCUGUGGUAUCAGAUCCUCCUGCUUCGAUCCCUGCGCCUACUGUGCUUCCAUUGCCCGAAGCAUACACGUCACGGCCGAAACAAGAUGAGUUUUGUGCUGCUCUCUUCUCUCCCGCCUACCUCUACAAUCUAAGCCGCAAUCGCACUUCUUUCUGCGAUCCAAAUGGAAGCACAUCAACGAUAGAGUGCUUCUCGACACGCAUAGUCAAGGGCAGACUGGACACCUUGUGUAUUGCUUCCAAUGUAGCAUUCAAUCGCCGCAAGAGAAAGUUCUACAUGGAUUGUGCUCACGACACCGAAAAUCCGUUUUAUAAAGUGUUUCCAGAGUAUAUGAUGUGGACGGGUCUGCAGUAUAUCUUCAAGGAACAUAUUGGACUUAAGGACCCGGAAAGAUUGCAAAAGAGCCGUGAACAGAAGUCUUCGGAAAGAAAGAAGAUUGGUGUUGUUGCGAGACGCGAAGGUGCUGGGUCUCCACAUGGCAGUGCUGCUAAUACGUGGCAUAAUCUUGUGGAGCUGAUGAGUUACUACAUGACUUUGGAUGUGUUGUCCAUGAGCACUUCACCCCAUGCCGAAGACAAAGGAGCAGCCUACUAUAGCCCAGAAGUCGACAAGGCGAACACCCAAGUCAUUGUAGUGGAUGGCCACAAAAAAGGUCCUUACUUCGAUCUCUGGGACUUCUUCUCAGACCCUACCCGUAACCCAACCCUCAAACUCUCCGAAGACCCCAAGGACAACGCACAAGCCGAAGACCAAGAAGACCUCGAAUUCUUCGAUCGUCUUGUUCUUCCUCUUCCUGGCAAUUCAAAUCCUUUCUGGGAAGGAACUUGGGAUCCACACCACUGCAGCAAUUCCGAUCUCGGCCGUGUCUUCAGUGAUCGCGUACUAACCCACUACAACGCCAUCACCAGCGACACACCCUCCCUCGACGAAAAAGAAAUGGACCUCUCCGUCUUACCUCCAAAAUGGCCACAGAAAACCUCCGAACCGCUUCAGGUGCUCAUUGUCAAACGCGCCAAAACCCGCCGCAUCGACGACCUCGAAGGAAAACUCGCUGCUCUGAAGAAACUGUACCCAAGCGUCGUCUUCAACGUCCGCGACCUCAGCGAGUACACUUUCGCCGAACAAGUCCGUAUAGUACACAACCACCAAAUCCUCGUCGGUGUACAUGGAGCCGCAAUGACACAUCUCUUCUUCUUACCUGCGAGGCCUGAUGCUCCUUCAAGCACUGUAGUAGAGAUCCUACCGCAUAACCUACCACACAGAGGGUAUAGAAAUCUAGCGCUGAUGAUGGGACAUCGGUAUAUCAGUGUGCAUGCUGAUAACGAUAUGGAAGGUAAAGACUUCCAUGGUUUGGACUUGGAGGUUGAGAAGUCGAAGUAUGUGGAUGCUGUGGGGACGGCGAUUAAAGCGUCGUUCCAUAGAAAUAUGCAGGAGAUGGAUAUUGAGACCGUCAAGACUGAUUAA